UUUAAAUAUAUGUAAUUGUGCCAACUGUCAGGAAGAUACAGCGAUUUGUAAACAUGGCUGAGGGGAACAGCGUGGCCCUACCGCAGUUUCUUAACAAAAUAGAACUGAUAAAACAGGGUGCAGAAGCUCGUGUAUAUCGAGGGUCAUUUUUGGGCAAGCCAACCAUUGUAAAAGAAAGGUUUCCGAAAUUGUAUAGACACCCGUUGUUGGAUGAAAAACUCACACAUCGCAGAACCGUGCAAGAGGUGCGCUCAAUACUACGCUGUCGAAAAGCUGGCAUAUCUGCACCAGUCGUCUACUUUGUAGACUACACCUCCCACUGCAUCUUCCUUGAAGACAUCGUCGGCUCCAUCACCGUACGAGACCACAUCGCCUCCACCCCGCUCUCCUCUGCCCAGAAACCCCCAGAGGAACGCCUGGACCAGCUCGCUAAGAAGAUGGGUCAGAUUCUGGCCAAAAUGCACGAUGAGGACGUUGUCCAUGGAGACUUGACCACUUCCAACAUGCUGUUGAAGGCGGGCACUGAGAGCGGAGAUACGGAGCUGGUCCUCAUUGACUUUGGCCUGAGCUACAUAUCAGCGCUGCCCGAGGACAAGGGAGUGGAUAUGUACGUGCUGGAGAAAGCUUUCCUCAGCACCCACCCCAACACUGAGGCUCUGUUCGAGAAGCUGCUGAAGGCCUACGCAGCCUCAUCCAAGAAGUCCCACGCUGUCAUCAAAAAGCUUGACGAAGUUCGGUUGAGAGGGCGAAAGAGGUCGAUGGUCGGUUGAGGGGGAGAAAGAGGCAGAUGGUCGGUUGAGGGGGAGAAAGAGGCAGAUGGUCGGUUGAGGGGGAGAAAGAGGCAGAUGGUCGGUUGAGGGGGAGAAAGAGGCAGAUGGUCGGUUGAGGGGGAGAAAGAGGCAGAUGGUCGGUUGAGGGGGAGAAAGAGGCAGAUAGUCGGUUGAGAGGGAGAAAGGCCGAUGGUCGGUUGAGAGGGAGAAAGGUUGAGAGGGAGAAAGAGGCCGUGGGUCGGUUGAGAGGGAGAAAGAGGCCGUGGGUCGGUUGAGAGGGAGAAAGAGGCCGUGGGUCGGUUGAGAGGGAGAAAGAGGCCGUGGGUCGGUUGAGAGGGAGAAAGAGGCCGUGGGUCGGUUGAGAGGGAGAAAGAGGCCGUGGGUCGGUUGAGAAUAGAAAGGUCGACGGUAGGUUAAAGGGAACCUACAAGAUAAUCUGUGCAUAUGCAUUUAUAAUGACAUGCCCUGUUUGGCACUGAUUUGUUAAGUUCUAUUUGAUAUUUGUAUGGAAGCAUAGAGACUGUCAGUGCCACAAUUUUAUGUUACUAGAAAUAUUUGUUUUUGAAAUAAAAGACUGCUCGCUUUUA